AUGAUUUCAAGAACGGCGCUCGGAUUAACUGCCACUUUGGCUCUCUUUUCUCGAUCUGCAUUUGCGGCCAAUGCUACCACAAUCACUGCUACGGGAUGUGUUGAUUCCUCAGGGAUGAGUACAUGUCUUAACACGGCGGAGACGAAAUAUGAAUCUUGCAUGUCUGUAGCAGGCGGCAAUAACGAGGUAGUUAUUGCUUGUCAAUGGACACAAUGGGUUGAUCAGAUGCUUUGUUAUCAGACAUCAUGCUGGAACAAGAUCUACUCCUGUGAAUAUCAAUUUCUAGUCUCCGAAUACCUCUCGGAACAGACCGCGAGCGCCAAGAUUCCUUACUACCCGGCUCCUGAUAACGCACCUGGCGGUUGCUCAUGCAAUCUGGGAGAAGUCUUGAACAAUGUCACUGCUAAUGUAAAUGCCGCCGGAUCCACAUGCUCAAAAUAUGUCAAUGGUAUCUCCAAUGAUAUUUUCACCUGCGAGUGUUGCGGUUGGAGUGCCGCCGUGUCCGCUUUCUAUGGAAUAUGUCCCGGCACUUCUCCCGAUGGGCUUGGAUAUUCAGCAUUCGACAGCCAAGCCGCCAACUUCGAAAAAUUCUCUGGCUCUUGCGCAGGGUUGACAUCGGAAAUCUGCGCGCAGUACGGCAUCUACUCUGCUGAUAAUGGCACUUUCCUUGAUCCUACCGCUCUUCCUGCUGCGGGCACAAACGCGCUAUCGACAACAGCAGGACCUUCGUCUCUUACCUCGCCGCCAGCUGGUGAGACUAUUACCUGGACGCUUGCAAGUCAGACGUUUACUGUUACUGCUGCGCCGUAUAAUGCAAGGGAUGUUGGCGGUAGCACCGUCACUGGUACCGCUGCACCUGCGACUGGAAGUGCAGGCAAUGGUGCUACAGGAACUGCGACCAAGGGUGCCUCAGGUACGACUACCACUACAGGAACAAUAUUGACCGGUCCUGUGAAAACAGGCGCCGCAACAAAAGUCAAGGGAGUCACUGAGGCUUGUAAUGUUGGAUUGCUAUCUCUUAUUGGCAUGGCAGUUAUGAUGUAG